UUCAUUUUUUUUUUCUAAAUACAAUGAACUGAUUAUUUUUAAAAAAAAUAAAAUAUGAUAAAGUUGAGCAUUGUCUUCAUUUUUUUUCCUUAUUCGGCUUUGGGGUUUUGAUCAUCUAUAAAUUUGUGUUCCCGUUCAACAAACACAAUACUAAAACCAUCUAAAACACCUUCAAUCAAUUGUCAUCAUUCAAGUUAACCUUUUUUACUUUUAUCUUUUUUUUUUUUUCUUUGGGAAGAAUCAAUGGGAGGUGAAAUGCUAGUAGCAAAUAAGUCUCGUGAAAUAAUUGACAGUGAAUUUGUUGAAACAACCAACAUUAUGGUGGUUGAUGAUGAUACUACUUGCCUUUGCAUUACUGCUGCUUUACUCAAGAAGUAUAAAUACAAAGUUGUCACAGUGAAGAGCGCAAAAGAUGCAUUGUAUGUCCUUCGGAUCAAAGGCGACUCAUUCGAUCUUGUGGUCAUAGAUGUGCACAUGCCUGAAAUGAACGGCUUUGAGCUUCAACAAGUGAUAGCCAAAGAAUUUGAUAUUCCUGUCGUCUUUAUGUCAGCUGAUGAAAAACAUAGUACAACUCUAAAAGGACUUGAAGGUGGAGCUGUGUUCUUCAUACAGAAGCCCAUAUCACCAGAUGAUGUGCAAGACAUAUGGCAAUAUGCAAUCAGGCGAAAGAGGAACAAGAUAAAAGGCAAAUCACUUGUUAUUAAAGAAAUUCACGAUAACACUGAUAGCUUAGGUAAAAGUGCCAGUGGCCCUCGUCUGAAAAGCCCUAAUCAUGAAGUAAUUGUUGUGGAGUCUUCGGCGUCGAUCAAUGAAAAAGGAAAUGAAGAAUCCAACAAUGAAAUAUCUAGUGAGAGGCACAAGUCUGCAAGAAAACAUGAGGAGGACAAAAAAGAAGACAAUGAAACUACAACAUCAAAGAAGAAGCUUGUCUGGACAAGUUGCCUUCACAACAAAUUCUUGGCAGCUAUUAGUGAACUUGGUUUGGAAAAUGCUUAUCCGAUGAGAAUUCUUGAGGUCAUGAAUGUCCCACAUUUGACUAGAGAAAAUGUCGCUAGUCAUUUGCAGAAAUAUCGUAUUUUCUUGCGGAAAGUCACUCAAGAAAGUUUUGGAAAUCAAACCAUUGUCAAAGACGCAGCUAAUAGUACCAGUCAAUCAACUUCACCAUCAAACAGGCCUAGCCAGUUUCCUCCAGAAAACUCCGGAUUGCAACAGCACUUGUCCCUCAAAAAUAGAUUGUACAAGUCACCGGAAGAGACUUCGAAUUGUGGAAGUUCAUCGUUCUUAAAUCGACUUGCUAUUACCUUUCCAGAAUAUGGACAACCAGAUGUUAAUGAUGUUUCAAAUCAAUUGUCCACAACGGAAGCAACUAAUAAUAUUUCAACUCACAUCCUAAAUGCUGCAACUUCAGCUCAACAAUUUAUUACAGGAAAUUUGAACUCUCCUCAUAAUAGCUCUGGUGCUGAUACAGAGCCUAGUCAGGGAAUCGACUAUGUUGCUGGAGGGGUUACGAGCUUCAAGUCUCAUCAAAGUUUGUCUGUAAGAGAAUCUUCUUUUAUUGAAUUAGGAGAUGAGGAAUAUGUGGAAAUGUGGACUCAUCAUAUUGCUAAUCAGGAGGCUCGUACGCAAUUGCCCAGUUUACCAAAUAAUGAUGGGAGUGGAGCCGGAGGAAGUGGUUAUGUACAACCAGAGUUGGUUUCAAACAAAGGUGAUUCAAGUAAAGUCACAUUUAGUAAUGCAAAUCAAUUUUCUGCAAGGGAAGCAACUGACAAUAUUUCAACUCAGCUCCUGAAUGCUGUAACUUCAGCUGAUCAACAACUUAUCACAGGAAAUUUGAACUCUCUUCAUUAUAGCUUUGCUGCUGAUAGAGAGACUAAUCAGCAAAAUGAGAGAGCCAUUUUGACUGGUCAUAUUAAUCAAAAGGCUACAGUGGAGUUACCUCCUUUACCAGAGAGUUUCGGGGGUGGAGCGGGAGGAAGUGGUACUACACUUAAUCCAUAUUAUGACUUCUCUAUGUAUAGAAGCGUUAAUCCUAGACCAAAUUCAAGUGGAAUUGGUGAUCUUACAAACACUUUGUCAAGCCAACUGAAUGCUCAACCUUAUAAUGUGGAAAACAAGGAUGAUGAGGGGACAACUCUUAACUUCAAUGAUGGUAUCAAUCAGUACCAGCAAGUUUAUUUUCCGUGGACUGGUCAUACAGUAGCAGAGGCAAGUUAAAGUUAUAUCGCCUUUGACUAAGGAUUUCUCAUCACAGUUUAGUAGUAUUAGUUUUUCUAUAAUGCAGCUUAACUUUCACAAGCCCCUAUAGUUAUUCCAGAUUACAGAGUUAAGUGAAUUAAGCAAGUUAGUACACAAUUGAUUUAUUUUUUAGUAAUAUAUUUGAAGUACAGUAUUGACUUUUGUUAUAUGAAAGACAAAUUAUAUACGUUGAAUAAGAUAAGCCAACAAUAAAAAUAAAAUUCACCAUUACCUAUAGGAAUGGGUAGUUUGAAAAUACUUGUGGUCAAUAAUUCACUAUAUGCUUAGAACUUCGUGGUAUCUUAUUUCACUGCUAUGGUUGUAGCAAGUAUAUUACGGAGAUUUUGCUACAGGGGAAGGAUCUUCUCAGCUCCCUUGUGGUUCCCUGAAUGUGGAACUUGAGCAAGGAUAUUACGGAAGCGUUACUGCAGAGGAAGGAUCGUCUCAGCUCCGUAGUGUUUCUCCAAAUCCGGAACUUGAGCAAGGAGAUUGCGAAGGUGUUACUCCGUCUCAGCUCUAUAAUGUUCCCCCAAAUCCGGAACCUGAGCAAGGAGAUCACAGAGAUGUUACUGCAGGGGAAGGAUCCUCUCAACUCCGUAAUGUUCCCUUGAACCCCGAACCUGAGCAGGGAGAGGAUUACAUUUUCUGGAAAUCAGUUUUUUCUUCAAGCCCUGAUAAUGGUGAUCAGAAUUAGAGGGAAUCUACAAUUAACAUCCAAAGAAGAUUUAUUGGCUAGUAUGUGACAAGCUUUUCAGUUGCCAUUGAUAGUAUAAGAACAAAACAAGUUUGACAUAUUUAUGUUCUUUAUAGAUGUUCAAUCAAAUGACUUGGAACAAAUAAGCAGACUUUCAUUUGACAAAUUGGUCAUCCACCUAUAUGUUCAACUAUGCGUUUUUGUUCAUCCUUUUCUAUUUUUGCAUUAUCAACUCUGCUUUAUGCCUUUAUAUAAACUCAUUCCAAUUAAUUUUUACUGAAAAUAA